AACACAGUGCAGCUGAUGUUGUGCCAGUAGCUCGGCUCCAUUAUCAGCAUUGGCACUCGCACACAGUGAUGGGAAAGAAAAGCCGCACAGGGACGAGCCGCAGGACCAUUUUACAGCUCUCACCGCCAGGACUGCGCAGCGGAUCAGGAACAAGUCGAGACGAAACUCUGGGAUCUGGGUCGGAAGGGGAGACUGAGAAUAAUACAGGCACCAACGGGCAAGGAGUAUACAGGGAGGUGAACAUGGACAUGAAGACCCCAGCAGCAAAGGCAACACAGGGCUUGUCUUUGCUUGGUGCUUAUGAGGACAGUGAGGAAGAAGAUGCAUCUGAAGCAAGCAGUUCUGCUGCCAAAGCAAAGCUCAAUCGCUCUGCAGACAUUGACAGUACACUUGCAAGUUUUAUGGCUGAAAUUGAUGCUAUCACCACUCAGCCAGCCCAGACCGAUGAUACUACAAAGGAGGAGCCCAUUGCUCCAGCACCUACCCCUCCUCGCCCUGAACCCAAGACAGAACAGCACUCUUAUUCACAGAAUGGCUCUGCACAGGAAUUUCAGUAUAAUACACAGUAUUCUCUGGCGGGAGCUGGGGUUGAAAUGGGUGAUUGGCAGGAGGUGUGGGAUGAGAACACAGGUUGCUACUACUACUGGAACACCCAGACUAAUGAGGUAGUCUGGGAGCUUCCACACUAUUUGGCCGAUCAAGUGCAGAGUCUACAGCAGUACUCCGUGAGCUCAUCUGUUAAUGGCAGUGAGGUGUUACCUAACGCAGCAAGUUAUCCUGAACACUCCGCUCUGGCUGUCACUGCAUUGAAACCAGAACCAAAAAAGAAGGAUGUAAUGGAGAGUGUGGUGGCUUUAACUAGUGAUGAGGAGGAGAGGAAAGGGGUAGCUGCAUCGCUCCUUGCACCUCUAAUACCAGUUGAAGUGAAAGAGGCAGAAGAAAAAUGGAGAAAGAAGAUUUUGGCGAUGGACGACAAGGUGGAGAAUUCUCCGGAGGUUGAGGGAGAGGCACCUUCAGGCUCUCCUGCUCCAUGUGAUGGAGAAAGCCCUGCUCAGUGUAAUCAGCAAAGUAGAAACCAAUCUAGAGAAAACUCUGAGGGAGAAGAGGAGACGGAGGAGGAUACCAAGGAACUGGAGCUUGCAUUGGAGAGGAAAAAGGCCGAACUUCGUGCCCUAGAAGAAGGUGAUGGCAGUGCUGGUGGUUCAAGCCCCUGUUCUGAGGCAAGUCAAGAGGGUUCUCGGGGCCUUUUAAAGAAGACUAAGUGGAAAACAGCUUUUAUUCGGGCACCAAGUCCUGACUCAAACAGCAGAGGCUCUGAGAAAGUAGAAUGGGACACUGCAGAGGCUGUGGAGAUAGCACAUUCCAAAACAGCUGAGAAACAAGAAGACAAAAAGGAACAGGAAAAAACUGUACCUAAACCUCAAGAGGAGGAUACAGCAGACCUUAAGUUUCAGAUUGGAGAGCUUGCCAACACUUUGACCAGCAAAAUGGAAUUCUUGGGAAUUGACAAAAAGACCAUCUCCAACUUUCAACUGCUUUUGUUACAAACUGAGACGCGGAUAGCAGAUUGGCGAGAAGGCGCUCUGAAUGGAAAUUAUCUACGCCGCAGGUUGCAGGAAGCUGCUGAGCACAUAAAACAUUACGAACUUAACGCCACUCCCAAGGGCUGGUCCUGCCAUUGGGACAGAGAUCACAGGCGGUACUUCUAUGUGAAUGACCGGACCAGUGCCUCUCAGUGGGAGUUUCCAGCAGUGAAGGAAGAAGACGAAGAUGCGAAGCCACCCCAGCCCUCGGCAGUUUGUCCGGCAAAUGCAGGUCAACAAUCUCCUGAGGCUUCCAGUGGUCUAGCAGAAACGACCUUUGGAGAAACCCAGUCUUAUUGGUCAGCUCCUCAACCUCCACUUCCUCCAGACACUCCCCCUCCUCCUGCAGAACAACCACCUCCACCACCACCACCUCCUGAAUCUCCUCCUCCACCCCCUCCUCCACCUCUCAGCGAUGAUGGAGAGAUCGAGGAGGUAGAAAUGGAAGAUGAGGAUGCCGAGCCACCUGCCCCUGGAACAGAGGAAUUUAGGGCCAGUGAAGCAGCAGCGACUCAAGGACCUGUGACUAAAGCCCAGAAGAGGAAAGCUCCAGGCUCAGAACAGCUGAACAAAGCCAUUACUAUUGGAAGCAGUCCCAUACUUUACACUCAGCCUACCGCCACAGCAGCCCCUAUUAUCACUGCAAAUGCUUAUUGGGGUAUGACUGCAGUAGCUACACCAGCUCUUACAUCAGAGCCUCUAGUUCCUCCAAUGCCAGCCACACCCUCACAACCUCCACUUCCACCACCCCAACCUCCAGUUGAACCAGUGUCCACAAAGAUGCCUUCAGACAAAACGAAGAAGCUAAAGAAGGAGAAGAUGAAGAAGAGCAAGACCAAGAUGCCAUCAUUAGUGAAAAAAUGGCAGAGCAUCCAGAGGGAACUAGAUGAAGAGGAGAAAUCCAGUUCUAGUGACGAAGAUCGAGACCAACUAAACAACAAGCGCAUAGAAGAGUGGAAACAUCAACAGCUUGCCUCGGGAAAGGCAAUGAAGAAUGCCAACUUUGAGGCUCUGCCUGAUGAUUGGAGAGAAAGGUUGCUAAAGAAGAGAAAGAUGAUGCAGAGUUCGUAGCAUUAAUUCUUCAGUGUGGAAUGGAUUUCUUUGGACUGUAUAUUUCUCUUCUUAUUUUGUUUCCACAGGGUGGACAAUGGUUUUUAUACUAUGACCUCUAGUCAAGUGGUGAAUUUUUCUGCAAAAAGGCAAAGUCUCAUAUUUCUUUUUGUAAAAAUAACUCCCAGUGUACAAAGUACUUUGUUAUUGUUCUUUGUUAGACCCUUCACAGUCAGCAACAUUGGUCCAUGGUAAUUGCAAAGCAACCACCUUCUUUUUUAUUUUAGCAUGUGUUGACACUGAGACUAGUAAUUUUAUAGAUUAUGGCAAAUUAUGUGAUGUUUUGGACAUACUGUUCCAUAAUGAUGAGUCUUUGAUCCCAAGACCAUUUACUGUAGGGAUUAAUGCUUUUUUUUUUAAAUGUCCAUGAUUCUGAUACCUAGAAUCUUAUGAUUGUGUCCCAGACUUUAUCCACUAAAAGUGAUUAAAUAAUACACAUUUGCACAUGGUGGAAAACAAAGUUUCUGUGGUGAUCAAUUAUUUAGGAUGUUCAAGGACCUGCAUAUAAGUACUCAGUCUUUAGGUGAAAUUUAUUUUAUAUUUCAGUGGAUUAUGUUUGUGCAGGGUAUAGGCUUUGCAAUAACACUUUAUAAGCAGAUUUAGAAUAUCGUUUUCAGUAUGGGAAAUUUCAGUCAUCUACAGCCAUGCUGUUCCUAAGUGUUCUGUAUAGCUGUGUCUCUUACUGGAAAUGGGGAUGGGCACUCAGUAAUGUUUGCUAUGUUGUAAAUAAUAAACACAUUUAUACAA